GGGGGCGCUACUCUCAUGGGGAGAAACUGGCUACGCACUCUACAACUGGAUUGGCAGACAAUCCACCUGCUGAAGGAGAAGCAGCCGAACCGAGCUGACUCGAGCCCAAGCUCUUGGUACCCCGAGCUGUUUUGUGAUGAACUUAGCACGAUGAAGAAUGUGACCGCUUCAAUUCAUGUGAAGUCGGAGGCAACUCCAGUCUUCUGUAAGGCUAGGACUGUGCCAUAUCUGAUGAAGCCCAAGAUUGAUCAGGAACUAGACUGCCUAAUCGAGGCAAACAUCAUUCAGCCGGUGGUUUUUGCUGAGUGGGCAGCACCCAUUGUGCUUUUUUUGAAACCGGAUAACACGGUAAGCAUAUGUGGUGACUAUAAGGUCACGGUGAACCGGUUUGCGGAUGUAGAUCGCCACCCACUUCCGACACCUGAAGAUCUCUUCGCUAUGCUGUCGGGAGGUGUGCUGUUCACCAAGCUGGACAUGGCACAUGCUUACCAACAAAUUGAGCUUGAUGAGAGGAGUAAGCAGUAUACUACGUAACAAUAAACACUCACAGAGGCUUAUU